AUGUCAGAAAUCAAUAUUCAUCGUGUUUUUAAUUUUUUUCAGAAUAAUGAAGAAAAUACUAAAACAACAUGUAAUUUUUGUUUUAAAGAAUAUGAUAUUCCACUUAAUAUAUCUACAGCUAAAAGUCAUAUUUCUUCAAAACAUCCUGAAGAAUGGAAAAAUGUAAGACUUUUGACAAGAAAAAGAAAAUCUAUUCAGAAAAAUAUAAAUUUAAAUCAAGAGAAUGAUAAUAAUAAUAAAUUUGAAACACAAAGUAAUACGAGUUCAAAUUCUUUUAAAUCUGUAAAAUAUAUUGGUAAAGAUGUUGAAAUAUCUUUACCAAAAGAAAUGACUAUUGAACAUAAUAUAGAAUAG